AUGGAGAAAGAAAACUUCAAUAUCACUAGGAAAAGGAAAACGCCAGAGAGAAAUGAGCGUGCUGCUGCUGGUGGAGGAACAACACCACCUCCCAAAGCAAAAAAGCAAAACAAGCCAUCGACGACGUUCGGAUUGACCGCAAUAGCUCCGGUAUUUUCCCAGCCGACAACGCCACCGUCAAAAGUUCAAAAAACAUCGGGCAAAGAAGUAAAGAAACGCUUGCGCGCAAGCUCGGCUGAAGGAAAGAAGAAUCGCAGUGGAAAGAAAACGAAUCACAAGAGCCAGCCACCAAAACCACCAAAGCAAUCACCGCUGCCGGCGGCGCGCAAAAGGAAAUCGGUGGAAAAGAAACCGGAAAUUGAUCAAAAGCCAGCCAAGAUCGAACAGAAAGACUACGCUUCACUUCCUCCCGGCAUGAAACCCUCCGAUUUCAAGCGACCGGAAGGAGCGGGAACAGAUUUUGUACUCGAUCUUGGACCACCAAAUAAGUCUCCAUUGAAAUCGCCGGCACCACCUCCAAAAGAGCUCCGCAUAAAUCCAUCUGAGCCACAUCGAGUCAAGGCUUUGGAAGUUGAGGGUGGAAAGAACUUCGCCACACUUCCAGAAGGAACCAAGCCCACUGAUUUUGCUCAACCAACCGAGGCUGGCACCGGAUUCGUCUUUGAUAUGACACCUAGUGAGAAGAAGAUUGAGAACAAGGCUGAAAAGAGGCCAUCGACUACGCACCUUCAACAAAAGGAUCGAUCGACGACACCGUUGCGCACUGCUACAGCUUCAACCAGCCAAGAACAAAAGCCUCAUACUUCUGGAAAUGUGCCAAAAAAGAUGAACGCUCUUGAAGUGGAAGGUGGAAAGAAUAUGGCCUCGUUGCCACAAGGAUCCAAGCCGGAAGAUUUUGCACAGCCAACUGAAGCCGGAACUGGAUUUGUGCUUGACUUGACCCCAGCACCAGUAAAACAAGAAAUGGCACUUAAGACAGCCUAUCAUGCCGUGAUCCUCAAGCCGAUCGUUGCAGCACCUCCAAUGUCACAAAUCCACCAACGGCUCCUCAAAACAAAGACAACGGAAAAGACGUUACCUCAGAAUUCAUCAGGAUUUAAUGGAAUCCUUUCUAUUACAAUUGGUCAAAUCCUCCACUUGAUCUUCAAA